AUGAAAUAUUUCCCGCGCUAUUCGGCAACCUUCCCGAGUUCAGUAACGCCAUAAGCUCAAACCCCUACAAUGGCAGGUAUAGUGGAUGUCCCAAAACCAAGAAUAAACUGCUCUAUGCUGUCGCAGUAUAUCAGCACACCGAUCUGCUUCGUUGGGCGUGUCGAAAAGGUACACCCAACAGGAAAAACGUUCACAGUCUCGGAUGGAGAAGGAAAGAUUGCAACGGUGGAACUUAACGAACCCCUUGAAGAAGAGCUGAGUGGCAUUGUUGAGGUGAUUGGUAUGGUGUCCAACAAAGGAGGAAUAAUGGCCACAAUAUACAACGUUCUACGAGAGGACAAGGGCAUUCUUUUUGAUUUAGAGCUCUAUAAUGAGGCCCUGAAGGUCAUCCAUGAUUUCCCCCAGCAUUAUCCUUUUCAAGUGGCUUCAAGUGGAUGAGCACUCACAUUUGAAGAUUGUUCACUAAAGAUAUUGGUUUUUGUGCCUUUCUGUUGUAAGAAUAGAAAAAUCCAAACCCACCCUUAAAGAAUAAAGUUGGUGGAAGUUUUGUUUUUGGUUGUUGUUUUUUUUUCCCCUAAUACUGUUUUUGUGAAGCUUAAAAUUUUCAAUUGUCAUCAAAAUUUGUUGAUCGAACUCUGAGGUGUUACAUUAUAUUGUAAGAUUUUUUGUUCCCUUCCACCUGACAUUAUUGAAGAUUACUCAAUUUAAAGGUUUAGAAUUUGCUUUUAUAUAAUGGUAAUUACCUGUCUAUACAUCUUGAAUUUUAUAUUGUUCAGUGCUAUUAAAUCAUGAUGAAUAUCA